AUGACAAGAACAGAACUCGUGAAUGAUAUGAAACUCGACGCCGAGGUUCACCCCGACGGCACCUCACACCCCACCUUUCAACCCGACUACGCCCAAGGAACCACUGGUAAGGUCGAAAUAUGGAAGAGAGGGAAGAAACUUGGCGCAGGGACAUUCGGGACAGUCUGGAUUGAAAAAUGUGUACCAAGUGAAGGCCCGGCUAGGGUGCGAGCUGUGAAGGUGAUCAAGAAGUCAUCGGAUCCUUCCAAACAGAUCUACUGUGAUCAAGAACUCGAGGCUAUGGCGAAGUUUUCUCGACCAAGAGUGGGGUUGUUCGUGGAAUGCCUGGGGUGGUUCGAGGAUCAGCAAUUCAUCUUCAUUGCCAUGGAACAUAUGGAGCUGGGAGAUCUUCAACAUUGUCUCGACAACCCAUUACCGGAAAAUGAAGCACGGCAAAUCUGUGCCCAACUUCUACGGGGUAUUCAAUGCCUGCACGACAAUCAAUUUGUCCAUCGAGAUCUUAAACCCGGGAACGUCUUAGUCGUGAACAAGGGGCCUAAUUGGCACGUUAAAAUUGGCGAUUUCGGCGUCAGCAAGCGCUACGAAAGGGCCUCCUUGCAAUCGAAGGUGGGCACUCCGCUUUAUCAAGCACCCGAAUUACGGGGAUUAUACCCUCCUGGUAUGAGCUUGCAGAAACUCCGUCUGUACACUCAUCGGGUUGAUAUUUGGUCACUGGGCGUGAUGGUGUUCUAUCUCCUUUGCCACGACUAUCCAUUCCCGAGCGAUAACAGCCUCUCGUUAUACGUCCAGACUUCCAACUUCCCGCCCUACCGCAAACUUCGGUCUGUAACCCAGGAGGGCCAAAGAUUUCUCGAAUGUCUUUUGGCUGCAGAUGCAACAGAGCGGUUGUCGGCCAAAGAAGCUCUCCAAGACGGAUGGUUGAAACAACCAUCCUUCGACCUGGUCUCGGGAAUUUCUAUGGGCCUUUCUGAAACAGUGGGUUCAAAUCCAAUAGGAACUGCUCUGGAAGCUUCGAGAGGCUGGGAUGACGGAGAAGUUUCUUCCGCAAUAGUUGACGACCAAACAAGCUGGGCCGGACGGAGGCCACAGAGAAAAUCCACAGGCCUACAGCAAUCCAAAUCUGCGAGACAGACUCCGAUCUCUGGCCUGCCGGAUGACUUGAAUACGGUUCAUAACAAAGGGUUGUCGUUACUGAGACGAAAGAAGCAUGCAGACGCUCAGAAAGUGCUCCAGAAGGCUUUUGAAUUGCGCGAACAUGCUUUGGGUGCCUAUCACGAAGACACUCUGGCCUGUCUUCAUUCGUUAGGCAAUGCUCUUAACUGUCAACGUAAGAAUAUCGAAGCCGAACUCGCGUACCGGGACGCCUGGGUAGGACGGAAGCGGGUUUUGGGAGAAGCCCAUGAAGACACGCUGGCCUCCCUUUAUAGAUUAGGCGAUGUUCUUCACAAACAAAAUAAGUAUACCGAAGCCGAAAGUAUAUACCGGGACGUCUGGAAAGAGCGGAAGCGGGCCUUGGGAGAAGCCCAUGAAGGCACGCUGGCCUCCCUUCAUAGAUUAGGCAAUGCUCUUAACUGUCAACAUAAGGAUGCCGAAGCCGAACUCGCGUACCGGGACGCCUGGGAAGGGCGGAAGCGGGCUUUAGGAGAAGCCCAUGAAGACACGCUGGCCUCCCUUCAUUACUUGGGCAAUGCUCUUCGCUAUCAAAAUAAGUAUGCCGAAGCCGAACUCGCGUACCGGGACGCCUGGGAAGGGCGGAAGCGGGCUUUAGGAGAAGCCCAUGAAGACACGCUGGCCUCUCUUCGUGAAUUAGGCGAUGCUCUUACCGACCAGGAAAAGCAUGCUGACGCCGAGGAACUAUACAGGCAAGCCCGGAAGGCAUGCAGAGAAGCGCUUGGAGCAAAAGAUGAGACAACCCUUGGGUUACUUCAUAACCUAGCCAGAGCACUUGACCUCCAGGGAAAGCAUACUCAAGCCGAAGCGUUAUUUCGGCAGGCCUGGGAGGGGCGUAAAGAAACGCUUGGAGUCGACGAUUUUAGUACACUACAGUCUCUUGACCACCUGAGUAUGAAUCUCAUUUUGCAACACAAGUGGUCCAAAGCAAAAGCAUUACAACGUCAGGUUUACAUGGGUUACGGGGAAAUGUUUGGAGCAAGCCACCCGACAACCCUCAGGUCUCUUCACACCCUAGGCCUAAUUCUUAAAUCUCAGAGAAAGUACGCCGAGGCUUAUAUUGUACUCCGAAAAGCCUGGAAAGGGCGCAGUGAAGCCAUUGGUGCAAACCACGAAGAUACACUGGAAUCUCUGGGUUACCUACGCGAUGUUGCUCGUUCCAGUUCACCAUUAACGACACGCAAGCCCAACCGCUUUAGUCGAUUUUUCCAAUAA